AUGCAGCAAGUGGUUCCUGAAUGUUCCCCUCCAGUCCAGCAGAAGGCGCUACGCGGAGAGGCUCUCGGUCUCCUGGAGGAGAUGUUCCCCCGGUUCGGCGGUGGUUUGAUGAGAUGUUUCAAACAGAUUCGGUUCGAACCUCUAACCCGUGUUCCUGCAGCUGACUUGGUCCCGGUGUUUAGCUGCUCCUCUUGGUCCACCCGCCGGUCCUCCAGAACCACAGUGAUGCCCCGGAAGCAGAAAGAGGUGAAAGGAAAGGUGAAGGAGGCUGUAGGUGGAACUGCAGAGACACCGGAUUCUGGUCCGGUAACCCGUGACAAGAGCGGAUCUGUAUCCAUCACAGUGCACGUGAAGCCGGGCUCCAAACUCAGCAGCAUCACAGAUGUUUCCAUUCAGGCUGUAGGCGUCUCCAUUGCAGCGCCACCUACAGACGGAGAAGCAAACACGGAGCUUCUCCGCUACCUUGCAGAAGUUCUGGAGCUGAAGAAGAGCCAAAUUUCACUGGACAAGGGUUCUAGAUCCAGAGACAAAGUCAUCAAGGUGGACUCCUCGUUGGAUCCGGAGGAGGUGCUAAAGAGGCUCCGGCAGGCAGCCAGCUGAUCGGCAAAGACUGGGUUCAGUUACCUUCUGACCAGUCAGCUGGACCAGUAGUGGAUCAGAGGGACUGGAACUUCUCCCAUAUUGAGAUCAACAACAUCUUUUCAUCCUUCAGUUUUCUGAACAGAUUCUUCUGAGGAUGUAGCUGGGAAAACAUAAAGUGAGACGAAAAAAUGACUUGGAAGACAAGUGUCAGGUCUCUGCAGCGGCAACAUGACUGGUUAGAGCUUUUCCACAGAGUCGUGGAAAUGGUUGUGUGUAAUCGUGGAAAACAGGAGGAUUUCCAUCCUUAAAAACAGAACCUAUUACACAAAGCUCACAUUUUCGUACUUCCGUUUGGAUCGCUAACGCUUAUAAAAAUGCCCAGACGAUUUUUUUGGUAAUAAGUUUAUAUAUUUUGGUGUCUAGAAAAUGAGCCUAGUUAAGUCCAACCCAUUACCUAGCAAUCCAAGCUGGGCUCCAGUAUGAAAUAAGUCACUUUCAAAUAAAAAUGUAGCUGAGCACCAGGUUCCUGAAUUAUUUUUGUUGUAUGAUUUGAAAUAUUUUAGCAGUUUAGAAGCACUUAUGUGCUUCAAAACUUAUUUGCAAAGAUUAUUAGGGCUGAGACACAUCAUAGCUUUUACAAAUCCAAAGCAGUAGGUGGCGCUAAUGCACUGCUGGAAUACAACCAAACAAUCCUCAACCAGCACAUUUUACUGCUUUUUUUUUUUUUUUUACUUCUGUUUAGAUUAUAAAAGGUAAGUUUUGUGGAAAAAGUAGACCCAUUUUAACUUAUAAUGUAACUAAAUGUGAAAUAAAAUUCCUUUAGGAUACUUCAAACUCCA